AAGUUUGAACUUGAUCUCAAGGUUAGUCGUCCAAUCUCUGCCGAUUGGUCUUCUCGAAGAUGCUCUCAUCGCGGUGCUGAUAGCGUCUCUCUAAUUACUUGAUUCUCCUUACAGGAGCUCCCAGCUAACGUGAUGUGAUUGUUUUCAGUCUAUGGGCACUACUAUGAUUCCCAGGUCAUUUGCCUUUCGGGCAUUCGCACAACAAUUUCCUACAACACCAAUAUUACUAGGCUCGCGGUCGUUACCGACAUGGAGAUAUUUCUCUUCAUGUGCCCCUCGGGCCAAGGCUGUUGUCAAGCCCACGGCACCCCGUAAUCCUUCAAAACCUUUGCAAGAAACGCUCAAAUUUGCGGGGAGGAGACCAGAGGGAUUCGGUAAACUAGAAAGAAAGGUUGCGAAAGAGGGCGACUUACUUCUUUUUAAAGCACCAUCACAUCGCUUCUAUGUGUUGGGUGCUUACGGUAUCGCAACAUUCUGCUUGGCCUACUCCGUCUACAACUCGACCAUCGUGUUCGGAGACCCAAUUGUAGCUCUGCCGACGUGGCAGAAGAGUCUAUUUGGUGGCAUUUGUGUCAUGAUGAGUGUCAUGGGAACAGUCUUCAUUGUCAAGACUGCGCGGUUGAUCAAGGCCGUCAAUGCCAUUCACUUGAAUGGCAAGACAUACCUUCGCUUCACUGUUCGAAGCAUGAUUCCUUUCCGAAAGCCAUACCAGUUUGAUGCCCUACCUCGCCAAAUAGCCUUCUCUCGGCGUCUGGUCGUCUCCCCUGAAUCGCUCAACCCACAGACGACUCCAAACGCUCAACCGGCUAAGGUGAGCAUCUACAGAGCGCCUUUGACGAAGAUGAGUCAGGUCUUCUGGAAGGGUUUCCGGUCUGUCCGACAGCUCUUUACACAGGAGGAUAUCAUCCUCUUGGAAGUCGAGGGUCAAAAGGGUGUUUUCCGAAUGGAUUCGGCCGGGUACAUCUCCGAGGAUUUUCUGGUGAUUGGGAACCCGGUGAGCAUCAGAAGCUAUUAGCAUAUUUCCCGCGUGACGCGGAAAGGCGUUCUCAGAGUUAUCUUUCUUCUCAAACGUUGUAACUACAAAGCUUCUCACUUUCUGCUUUCAAGCCUUGGAUACCGCGUCGAGGUGCUUCCUUGGCCUUCUGUCAUCACGAAUGUUUGCGCCAAAGAUCCUAUGUACAUAGAUGUAAAUUAGAUUUCAAAGGAGAUGUUAAAUGAGG